AUGUCUGCCAGUCAUAUAGCCGCGAACAGAAACAGCACUCCCGAGGGCUCCAGCUCGCUCCGCCCGCCCCAAGCCCGAACUUCCCUCGGUGCUAAUCACCAUCUUCGUGCCUCAGCUGAUCUAGGCGGCUUCCCCUCCCCUCUUGCCAACCGUGGAAUUCGUCCCGCUUCCGAGAUCUAUUUCGGUCGCAACAACACACAGUCGGGCAACCCUGACGAGAUGGAACGCGCUGCUCAGCAGUGGCUCGCCGACAUUGACCAGUAUGAAACCACACUCGAAGAAAUGGCGACCGCGACUCUCGACCAGGACUUCAAGGACGAGCUGAGCGCUAUAGAGCAGUGGUUCCGCGUCCUCAGCGAAGCCGAGAGGACCGCAGCGCUCUAUGCUCUGCUGCAGCAGACGACCCAGGUGCAGAUUCGCUUCUUUAUUCAAGUCUUGCAGCAGAUGUCCAAGAACGUGCCCAUGUCUGGAGUUCUGUCUCCUGCUAACUUUGGAGAGAAGGAUCCCAUGACACAGAAAUUGAGCGACGCCAUGAGCAAGCUCAGCACGGGUGAAAACCGUCAUUCCAUGGGUCUCGGUCGUCCUCCGCCAUCCCCGGGGGCUGGAAAACGCAACUCGGGCUUGGAGACAUCCCAGAUCAACCGCAUGUUCCCGGACGCCGCGGCUGCCAUCGCCAAGCAGAAGGCUGAAUUUACCGAUGUGGUCGGUGUUGCGCCGGCAUCCAACCGUAAUAGCACCGUCGGAGAUCGCAGCUCUCUAGCGGCUCCUACCAUCUCCGCCCCCGAAGAUAACAGCAAGCGGGAGAACAACGCUCCGCCAGCAUCACCCUGGAACGAGGGUGCCAAUCGCCCCAAGUCUUCGGGCCAGCAGCAACACCAGCAGCCGCCCAUGGGCCAGUUCUCUCAACCACCUCCAUCCGCCGGUCUUCGCUCGCCCCGUCUCCCCCUCCAGAACGACAGCAACAAUGUCCAGACCACCACGCUGAAUGCGCUCGAGGCCAAUUCGUCCAACAUGCCACUCCUUUCGCCUUCUUACGCCCCAGGUGGAAGUUGGGCCUCUCAAUUGAGCACUCCCAUGGUCGCCAACUUUCAGCAGUCAAACAACCAGGCUGAUAUGGUAGCCAACGCCACUGCUAUGAAAUUGGCUGCGUUGUCUACUGUCAACAACCGCAUCCAGCUGGACGAUGUGCGCAAGUUCCGCCGCGCCCGAUCUUCGGACAAUGGGCCCAUGUCCCCCGGCAUGCCUCAGAUGGGCAAUGGAAAUAUCCUUAUGACUAACGAGCUGGGCCAAGUAUUGACUCCACAGCAGGCGGCUGCUCUUCAGGCCCAGCAAUUGGCCGCUAUGCAAGGUCGCCGAUCUCGACCUAGCUCCCCUGGCUUCGCGAUGCAGGGUCAGGGCAUGGGUGCUAUGGGUAACUUUACCUCGCCUCAGGCUAACGGAUUCUUGGCUGCUGACUACGGCGGUGGUAUGAUGAACAACGGCAUGGGCGCGCUGAACCUCGCUCAGUUUGGUCUUGCUGGUGGUAGCAAUGACGGCCAUGGCUUCCUCGGUGACAACAUUGAUCGUGGUCGAUCUCCCCGAGGCCGUCGUGGUAGCUCGAAGCCUCCGGAGGACCCUACCGACCCUGGACUGCUUUCGGACAUUCCCAACUGGCUUCGGAGUCUCCGCCUGCACAAGUACACAGAUAACCUGAAGGAUCUCAAGUGGCAGGAGCUUAUCGAGCUCGAUGACGAAGGCUUGGAAAAGCGUGGCGUCAAUGCUCUUGGUGCGCGUAGAAAGAUGCUGAAGGUCUUUGAACAGGUUAAAGAGGCCCAGGAUCAUGGCAAGCUGCGAUAA